AUACACUCUUACUUAUUUCUCUGUACUUUAAAAAAAAAAAAAAGAUGUGACGACUUCUCGCCUCACCCCCAAAAACAGAAAUCAUCUUUUUUCAUUUUUUCUUUUCUUUGACCCUUCAUCUCAUUAAAAUGGCUAAUUCUGGAAUUACUGCCGAUUCACUCAAAGAAAUCAUUAUCGAACGUCUUCAAGCACAACAUGUUAGCGUGGUUGAUUUAUCAGCAGGCUGUGGACAAAUGUUUGAAGUGAUUAUUGUGUCUCCUUUAUUUGAAGGAAAAGGACGUUUAGUCCGUCACAAGUUAGUGAAUGAAACACUCAAGGAAGAAAUUAGUAAAGUUCAUGCUUUUACUCAAAAACCAUAUACGCCUGAAGAAUGGAGUAAACUCAAUCAAUCAUAAACACAACAAUAAUAAAAAAAGGUGUGUGUGUUUGUACCUUUUUUUUUUUUACAUGUAUGUGGAUUACAAACUGACUUGUUUUAUUUAAAGAGUUUUGUAACACUAGGAACGGGUAUAUGGCAUGAUUUUAAUCGGGGACCACAUCUUGUUUAAAAAUGAAAAAUCAUUUCUAUUAUGUGAUUCAUGAGGAGUGAAGUUUAAACUUUUUUUUGAAGCGCCG